ACGCACGCACGGCGCGAGGGAAGAUGGCGGCGUGGGUAAAGGGCUUGGGGUGGGUCACGCGGCCGCUCUUGUCGGUGGUCCGAACUUGGGACCUUGACGCGCGGCGCUGGGUCCGGGCGCUACGGCGGAGCCCGGUGAGGGUGGUGUUUCCAUCCGGACAGGCGGUGGGGCGGAAGCCUGGUCCUGAGAAGCAGCCCCGGAGGGCAGCGGCUGAGGCCAGUCCCCACGAGCAGCGACAGAAGCCGCCGCUUCAGGUGUCCGCCUCCCAGACGUCCGGCGCCUGGGAAGAGUCAGGGCUUCGCUAUGAUAAGGCUUUGCCCGGGGACAGAAGGCUGAGCAGUGUAAUGACAAUAGUUAAGUCCAGGCCAUUUCGGGAAAAGCAAGGAAAGAUCCUGCUGGAAGGUCGCAGGCUUAUUGCAGAUGCUCUCAAGGCUGGUGCUGUGCCAAAAGUUUUCUUCUUUAGCCGUCUGGAGUACAUAAAGGAGCUUCCCAUUGAUAAGCUGAAAGGUGUCAGUCUCAUUAAGGUGAAAUUUGAAGAUAUCAAGGAUUGGUCCGACCUAGUAACUCCACAAGGAAUAAUGGGGAUUUUUGCCAGACCUGACCAUGUGAAGAUGACAUACCCAGAGACUCAGCUCCGCCAUUUACUACCCUUAUUGUUGAUUUGUGACAAUCUCCGUGACCCCGGGAACCUGGGGACAAUUCUGAGAUCUGCGGCUGGGGCCGGCUGCAGCAAAGUGUUACUCACCAAAGGCUGUGUGGAUCCCUGGGAGCCCAAAGUGCUACGAGCAGCAAUGGGUGCACAUUUCCUGGUGCCCAUCAUCAAUAACCUGGACUGGGAAACAUUGCCCAACUACCUGCCCACUGACACCCGGGUCUACGUGGCUGACAACUGUGGCCUUUAUGCCCAGGCCCAGAUGUCUGAUAAAGCCAGUGACCACGGCUGGGUAUGUGACCGACGACUCUCGAAGUUGCACAAGUAUGAGGAGGAGGAAGAAGGGGAGGAUCUAGAACCUGGAGCCAGUAAAGCCUGGCUCCCUGAACUUGAGGUCCAGAGUUACGACUUGGACUGGACAGAGGCACCAGCAGCUGUGGUGAUAGGUGGGGAGACCCAUGGCGUGAGCCUGGAGUCCUUGCAGUUGGCCGAGAGCACUGGGGGCAAGAGGCUGCUGAUCCCCGUUGUGCCUGGUGUGGACAGCUUGAACUCAGCUAUGGCUGCAAGCAUCCUGCUUUUUGAAGGGAGAAGACAGCUACGUGUAAGGGCGGAACACUUGAGCAGGGACAGGUGUUACCACUGAGAGGGAACAUGGUAGUCAGUCCUUGAUUUGAGGGGGUCCCUAGCUCCUCCUGCAUUGUUAGGAGAUAGGCAGAGUCAGUAACUGAGGCUUCCCAGGCCAUACCCAGGAGGUAAGAGGUGUGCAAGGUGCUAACUGUAUGGUUACUGGAAAAAUAAGAAUUUCCAUGAACUUCUGCUUAUUCUCAAAACUAACAAGGAUGAGAAUUCUGAGAUUUCUCCCUGCUCCCUAGCAAAACUUCCUCUUGAGAGAACCCGGAUAUCAAAGCUGACUUGUGCCCCAAGCUGUGGCAGAGUGGGACUGUUUGAUAUGUUUGAGGGGAGAGGUUUUUUCAGAAACAAUCUCUUUGGUUGGCUGUGCUGUCCAGGCUGAUGGCCUGGAAUCGCUGCUCUGGGCCCCACCGGUCUGGGCCAUCCCCGGGGCCUCACACACAUGUUCUGUGCAAGUGGUCCAUGGGUUCUUCUUGAGACCCUCCGUGCUGUUUCAGCUUUGAGAAGGCAGAAGAGCCCAGAAGGGCUGAGGCCUGGGCCUCUAGUUCGCAGAGCUAUAAUGCCUGUCUCAUGAGCAGGCUGAGGCAGCUCAGGGAACUGUACACUGGGGUCUGUGGACUUUUGUUCUCUCAGCACUUUGGAAAAGUACUAAGCAAACAGAGGUCACUAAAAGGAAGUUCAUGCCUUUCCACCAUGAAACCAGUCUCCUGCAGCUUUCCCCUGCAUUAUUGUUCCUGCUGAUUUUUGUUACAAAAUAAAGAUAAAAGAAUAACAAA